AUGGGGAAUUACCGCACUUUUUUCUCGACCGCAGCCGCUCCACUCACAUCAACUACAUUUAAACCACCCUCUUCGCGCGUUGUCAAGGCGAUUCCCCGAAGAGCGCUAGGAACUCGCGACAAUGAAGACCGCAAGAAGAUCCACGAGUACCUCUUCCGCGAGGGUGUGCUCGUGGCCAAGAAGGACUUCAACCUUCCCAAGCAUGGCGACAUUGACACCAAGAACCUCUACGUGAUCAAGGCCUGCCAGUCCCUGACCUCCCGUGGUUUCGUCAAGACCCAGUUCUCGUGGCAGUACUACUACUACACCCUCACCCCCGAGGGUCUUGACUACCUCCGUGAGUGGCUCCACCUCCCCGCUGAGGUUGUCCCCGCCACCCACAUCAAGCAGCAGCGUUCCCACGCUCCCCCUCGUGGCAUGAUGGGCGGUGAGGAGCGUGAGCGUCGUCCCCGUGCUCCUCGUGAGGGUGGCUACCGCCGCCGCGAGCAGGAGAACAAGGAGGGCGGUGCCCCCGGCGAGUUCGCUCCCAGCUUCCGUGGUGGAUUCGGCCGUGGCCGUGGUGCUCCCUCCUCCUAA